GACAAGUGUAAUUUUACGUUGAUGGAACCAAAAUUUCUUAUUUCGUCAAGAUUAUGUAUAUGGUAUAAAUAUUUUAAUUUUAUACAUAUUGAGAGUUUUCAUAUACUACAGAAUAAUUAAUUGAAAAGUAUUGCACAUCAGUUAUUUACAGAAGCUAAUGGAUGCUGAAUUCGACAAUGAUGAUGUACAUAUAUUGAAGCUACCAACAGAGCUUCUAGAGAAAAUCCUUACCUUUCUCUCCUAUGAUGAAAUAUGUCAUCGAAGAUUGGUAUGCAAGAAGUUUAACAGGUGUUGUCAGCAUGUCCUGAAUGUAGGAUUUAUUCAGGUUGAAAAGUUCCAUGCUCGGUGCCUCAGAAAUGUUAAGGCACAGUUACCAAGAAGAGAGUCUGAACGAAGAAAUCACCCACUUGCACGUCAUUGUGACAUUUUAACAGCAGUUGAAACAAGGCUGUCUCUACUAAGCAUGACUUUCAUGAAGUAUGUUGAAAUGGGUUUGUGUUGUUUUAUUCCUGGAAAGGUUAUUGAUGAAAUCUAUGGAGUGUUGAGAUAUAUUCAAACAACCAAGUGUCCACCAAGAGCCCAUGAAAUUUUGCAGGAAUUAAGAGACAUUUCUUCCAUGGCAAUGGAACAUUUUGAUGAAAAUAUUGCUCCCAUUCUUAAAAUGAAGAUUGGUGCAUCUGGCUCAAAUAUAUCUUCACAGAACUGUAUAAGUCUUACUGGGCCACCAACACAUUUUCCUUCAACAUCUCGUCAUUAUGUUAAGAACAUAGGAGUCAAACAAGAACUGGCUAAGAUCAACAUGACUGUCAAACAGCUAUCUUCCACUAAUGUUACACUGAGAAAAGAGCUCAUAGAUUAUAAAGCAAAAAUAGCAGAGCAAACCAAAAAGCUUCAGGAACAAGAAAAGCACCUUCUUGACCAAAGUCAGAUUAUUGCUGAACAGGGAGCUCGAAUUAUGGAGCAGGAAGGUAAAAUAGGUGAAGUAAAUAAGAAACUGUUAGAAUAUGACAGACAUUUUGCAGACAUAAUGGCAGAAUUGACUAGAGUUCAGGAUCCUCUUCGUGCUUCAGGCUCCAGUCAACAAGAUGCUCAUGUCUACAAUCAAACUACCGAUUCAUCAUCUGAUCAGAAUAAGAUGCUGCUAGAUAAGUCAUAUGAUUCAGUAUCUGUAAAUCAAAACCCUGAUCAUGAAAGCUCUGAUGCCUCAAAUACCUUUAUCUGUAAUUCUAGUUGCACUAGAAGAGAAAGUACUGUUAAAAAGAGGGGUUUUCCUUAUCCUGAAGAUGAACCUAAUCAGAGAAACAAAACAUUAAAAUUACGUUUCAGGAAAAAAAAAUGAAGUUUCACACCAAAAGUUAUUUUGUUGGUCAAGUAAAAUAUAAGCUUGGAGCAGUAGAUCUAUAGAAACUUGAUUAUCAAACUUUAUAUAUACUAUAAUGUAGAUGUAUAUGUUACAAAUUGAGAAUGUUUUUAAGUGGAACAUUAAAAAAUUAUUCCUAUUCCUUUAGUUGAAGUAAAAAUAUGUUUUUCAUAGAUUACUGGCAUAAAAUUUGAAAUAAUAGUUUAUAGUCUGGAAAAAAAAAAUGAAUAAAAUAUUUCAUGAGAAAUAUUUUUGGAAUCUUAGUGGGUUGUUAAAUUGCACUCAUUACCACUGUCAGUGGAACUGUGAAGUUACUGUACAUAUUUGUCUUGUAUACAUAUUUAUAUGUUGUGUACCAGUGUUUGUUUUAAGAGUAUAUAUAUUAAUCUGUUACAGAGAAACUAAGUGUAGAAAUUAUUUUGGUGUUUGUGGACAGUUGGAUUGAUUUCAAUUAGUUCUGUUGGAUCUGACCAAUAGAAAUCUACAAGUUUGUACAAAUUUUUUUAUAAUUAAUUUAUAGUAAUCAAAUGCUACAAGGUUAAUGCAGUGAUAAAAUAUUGUGAAGUAGUGAUAGUUAUAAAAUAAAGUGCAACUUUCAUUUACCUUAGUUUCAAGUUUUACAGUCUUAAAAGUUGUUUUUUCUCCAAAACUUGUGAACUUAUGAUUAAGCAGCAUUUGUGUUGUAAAAGAGUUUUCUUCUCAGUGUCUAUAACAUAACAUUCAAUUGUUCUUUUUUAUACAACUGGAUAGUGUCAAGAAAUUAUGCGUAAACAAUACAUAGUCAUUAAACAGUCUUUAACAAGACAUGCUUUUAACUAAUAAAAGUGCAUAUCACACCACAAAUAUAAUAAUUGUGUGAAGGAACUGUUUUAAUAGUGCCUCUAAAUGCAGGUCAUUAGUUGCAAAGCAAGCCAAAAGCAUAAUUUCUGUACUGAAUAGAGAUGUAAAAUUCAAUUCAUUACAUAUGUGGAAUGUGCUAUAGUUAAGGAAUAGAAAGUUACAUUUAAAGUUUGUAACAACAUCCAUUAAAAUAAUAAAUACUUCAUUUCUGACUGUCUGGGACAGAAGUUGAUGUAGCUGAUUAGAAAAUACAUCAAAAAAUUUGUUUUAAAAGUUGACAAAAAUGUAAAAUAUUGACCAUAAAAUAAUAAAGCACCACUAUUAUAGACACUUUAUCUUGAUAAAAAUAACUUUUAUUCCAUUUUUGUUCUUCCUUUGAACAUGAAACUGUUUUUGUCUUUGAGAUCUAAUCAUAAGUAACUAUGGAUUCAAAUGUUAGCAUUUACAUUUAUCAAUCCAGGUUUCACAUUAACUUUGGGCUUAUUUCAAUCACUAUAAGUAUACAAAUUAAGAGAAACCAUGGCUAUUGCAAUUAACACAUGACUUGUCAUAUCACAAGCUCUUACACUUUAGCUUUUGACAUGGAAAAGUGAACAUCAAAAGAUAUCAAGAAAGCUUAUUUCUAACAAGAUAUAAGGUUAAUAAGUUUGGGGUGAUUUUUUUUUUGUAAUUAAAUUCUUACAGCUGAUGUAACAAAACUGUUUAACAUUGUUAAUAAUGUUUUAUAAUAAAAUUGAAUAAGUUAAGAUUCUUUUAAUUAAUAGUUCAAACCAUGAGUGUGUGUUGGUAAUUUUAAGUGUUUUGAGGCAAUUUGUGGAAGUUGUAUGUUUUUGUUAAUAAUUAACUAAAGAUAUGUACAUGGCACAAACACAAAUGAUGGAAAGUAAGAAAACAUACCUCAUGGUUUAAUCAGGCCUGAACUUGAGAUUUGUAAUGGAGUAGCAACAGGUUGAAAGUUUAAUAGCUGUCAAUUACCAUAAGAUUUAGACUUUUUUAAAUGCUUUUAUAUAACAUUUGAAGUCAAAGUGUUACAAACAUUAAGCAAUUUAUUACAUGCAUUUUUUAUGUAACUGUUAUGAAUUUCUGUUAAACUUUUUCAAAAAUACUUAUUAAUUACCUUAAUAAAAAAAUGAAGUAGAUAACAUUUA